AUGAGAGUGUUUCAUACGGUUAAAGACAUUGUUCAGUGGCGUGAAACUGAAAUUGGUGACCGGUGCCAAAAAAGAAUUGGGUUUGUACCUACAAUGGGGGCAUUGCAUGAAGGGCACUCAUCCUUAAUACGUGAAUCUGUUAGACAAAAUGAUAUCACUGUAUGUAGCAUCUUCGUCAAUCCUUCCCAAUUUGCACCAAACGAGGAUUUGGACAAAUAUCCACGUACAUUAAAUGAAGAUAUUAAGUUAUUAGAAUUAUUAAAUUGUGAUGUCCUAUUUGCUCCUAAUGCUUCUGAGAUGUACCCACAAGGAAUCCCGUUAACUGUUGAAGAUCAACGUGGUCCGUUUGUUAGUGUUCUUGGUAUCAGUGAAAUGUUAGAAGGAAAGACUAGACCAAAUUUUUUUCGGGGGGUAGCUACUGUGGUAACAAAAUUACUGAAUAUUGUUUCACCCAAUGCCGCUUAUUUUGGUCAAAAGGAUAUUCAACAAUUUAUAGUGCUUGAUACCAUGUGUAAAGAAUUGUUUGUUAAUACCAAGUUAGUAAUGAUGCCAAUAGCACGUUCCCCUACUGGUUUGGCUUUGAGUAGUAGAAACAAAUACUUAAGCGACGAAUCAAAGGAAAUAUCAGCCAACAUUUACAAAGGUUUAGAAGCAGCAUCUAAAUUGAUUCAAGAUUGUAGAUCUAAGCAUAAUUGUUCUAAGGAAUGUGGGAAUUUUAGUCGUACCAUUGUGGAAGAAAGUGUAAUGAAGCACUGGAACCCCUUUAUUGAAUCGAAAGAUUUUAAAGUAGAUUAUUUAUCUAUUGCAUAUCGUUCCACUUUAAUGGAAGUUACCGAUCCUAAGGAUUUCUGUAAUGCUGAUGUUCCAUUGGUUAUAAGUUGUGCUGUGUAUGUACAGGAUAGAAAAAACCCUAAUGUUAUCGUCAGAUUAAUUGAUAACGUUCUUGUUUAG